CAUGCCACAGACCAAGCUUCCUCCCAUUUCUUCUUGUUCCCCAUUUUUCAGCUGCUUCCUUCUCCCCGGUGCUGAAGGUGCUCUGGUUCAGCCAAGGAGAAUCAUAGAAUCACCAAGGUUGGAAAAGACCUCUAAGGUCAUCUAAUCCAAUCGUCCACCUACCACCAAUAUUACCCACUAAACCACGUCCCUAAGUACCACACCUACGUGUUUCUUGAACACCUCCAGAGAUGGUGAUUCCACCACCUCCCUGUGCAGACUGUUCCAGUGCCCAACCACUCUUAUGGAGGAGAAAUUUUUCCUAAUGUCCAGGUUACUUGUUGAGAAGGCUACUUGGUGUCUGGCCAAGGUUCCUAGAGCUUCGUAUUUCUCCACAUCCUGGCUACAAUGAAGUGAAAAGCCAACCACCUUGACCUUCUGGUGGACAAGGACAGGUGUUUGAGGGAUAGAUGGUCUUUCCUGAGACACACAAAAGGAAAAUGCGGGGCUGUGGCCGUGGGAGUCUCCAUGGAGCAGGAGACCAGGCAGUGGUCUGGGAUCAAUGGGAGAACCAAUGAGCCACCAGCACUAGAGACUCUAGAUCUCUGUGUCCUUCUCGCCCCUGUGAUUAGGGAACUGCUACUGCUAUGCACUUCUGAAGCUCCAAGUAAAGAUUAACUUGCUGAUCUUCAUGGGUCCCCUGUGAGGUGUUAUUUCAGGCUCUAAAACAGUUGCCUGUGUCUUUUAUGAGGACAAGAGUGAAGGGGGGAGGAAAGAAAAAGAAGACUUUAACCUUCAGUCUCUUAAAUGUAGAGCAAAGUUCCAGAUCUUCCCUGGAGCAGUGCAGCUAUGGAGAGGAUUGGUGUAACGGGGCUCCAGCUGAGAGCUCCCCAGCGCUGUCCCCUCCAGGGGACCAGACCAGGCAUCCCAGCACAGUUGGCCCUGGGAGGGUGAACGAAGUGGGACUCUUGUUGUGCAGAUGAGAAGACAGUCCCAAAGCAUGCUGGGUUUGCAGGGAAAGGAGGUUGGAGCCUGCAGCUUUGCAGGGGAAAAAAUAAAGAUUGAGUACCCAGGGAAAAUACUGCUUGUGAGGCACUGGUUCAAAGUUUGUAAUCUCCUCGUGCCCUCUGGCACUGGAGAUAUCACCAGCCUCAUGACUGGGGUGCUUCAGAGCAAUACUCCCAGCUUUGAGGAGCUGCUACCCCCCAGCAAAACAGAUUUCUCCACACAUCUUCCUGGGCCAUCUGUGUUUUUACCAGGAGGGAAACUGAGGCAAAGCAAGGUUGCGUGGGGAGGCAGGUUACUGCUCCCAGCCUUCUCCAGACCCUCCUUUUAUCCAUCUUGUCUCCCUGGAGGCUUUCAAAAUCCAGCUACAACUAGUCCUGGACAUGGUUGAGAAAAGGGACAGAGGGCUCUGGGACAAACAUAAUGCUCCCCUGCCCUGCACACCCCAGCCCACCUCAUUUAUGUCCCCGGGGGUGCAGCUGUGUACUCAGAGGAAUGAGUCACGGGUUAGGUAAUGGGCACAAUGCAAUUAGCAGCCCUGGGCAUCAAUUACCAGCUGUGCCAGCCUUGCAUAAAACCCUUGUAAAAUCAAUGAGAGCAAAUUUUCUCCCUCCAGGGAGGGCAGGGGCCAAGUGGUAUAUGUGUCACUGCAGGAGGCCACCAGCCCUUCCCCAUGCUGUCCCAAGCAGAGCUGAGGCAGCUUGGGGUCACCUCUAGCUUUGGGCAUGUUUGGGCUUGCACUUGGUUGGGUAGAACCUGCUCUGCUGCUCAACACCAUCCUUUGAACAAGGUGGGUUUGGGUCACCAUGGCAGCCCCCAGCGGGCUCUUUUGGGGAAUCUCCACCUGUGUCACCCUUUCUUUCCCAGAAGACCUCCUGGGCCAGGGAUGGGAAGUGCUGCAGGAUGCUUGAGAGCCACAAAAUCAUAGAAUAGCUUGAGUUGGAAAGGACCUUGAAGCCCACCCAGCACCAACCAGGGCUGCCACCCACCAGGUCAGAUCGCCCCAUCCAAGUACUCAGAGAAGGUCAUUUCUGAGAGAUGAGCCAUGGGGGCAAUCCUCUUAGUCUGGUGGCAAUGGAUUGGUCAUGCCAACUUCACGUCCCUGCAGUAAAGUAAGGCAUGAAAGGGAAAAACACCACCCUCCUCCCCUGCCUCAAAUCAGUGUAAAAAAACCAAACAGGGAUUUAGUCCUGCAGGGAGGUCUUCCCCAUGUCCCGGCCACACAGUGGGAGUGUGCAACAGAGGGACCCUGAUUCUGUCCUAACCUCCUUUUAUAACCACCAAGAAUAAGACGUGCAAGGGAGAGGGUCUUUGUCACAUGGCAUACCCUGGGAACCAUGCCUCAUCCUGCUCCCCCCCCUUUUACUCCCUUUUAUUAUUAUUAUUUUUUUUUUGUGCUCAGACUCGAUGCCCACAGCUUGUAGCUCCCUAAGGAUGCGCUCUGAUUUUUAUGUGGAGCGCUGUCAUCCUGCUGUCCCCAUGCUUGCUCCUCCACCGAAGCUGUGGUGUGGGUGGGCUCCAGCCCCAUCCUGGGCUGAUCACCUCUGUGCCCCACAAGUGCUUGCUAAAGUGGUCUAAAGGUGGCUGACCCAGAAGUGGUAAGGGGCAAUUCAUGGUGCUGACCGCAAACACAGCGGUCCUUGCGCUGGGGUGGCAGGGGGCAGUGGGAAAGGGCUUUCAAGAGUGAGUGGGCUGGCGCUGUGGUUUGGGGAGAUGGGUGUCAGACGUGAGGGUCAGAUACUAGUGAGAUCCUGUUGUCCUGAAUCUGCAUCCAUUCCCUCUGCCCUCGUCUCAUAACAGCAAAAGGCUGCACAGGGCUUGUGCCCUCCCAUACAGCAGGGGUUGGGCUUUCACGGGGGAAGGGGACAACCACUCAAGCAACAGGUUUGUCCUUCCCCAUCAUCUGCUCGUAACCUAGGAGCGGAUCCGAUGCAGCAGACGAAGCCAAUCCGCUUUCAGCCUGGGGGCUGCCCCCUUUCAUCCUCCCCCCUUCAUCCUCUUCCUCCCCCGGGGGCUGGCGCUCCGCCCCAUGCCCGGAGGCGGGACCGGGGGCUGGCAGGGACCCAGCCGCACAGAGGGAGCAGGUGGACGGGCAGACAGCCCCUUCCCACAGCUGUGCUCCAGCCCCAUGUGUCCUCCCCGGCUUGGAUACACUGACUGCUGUCUUCUGAGGAACUGAUGUCUUUGUCCGGACACCCCACCGAUGGCUUUGAUCAACUCUCCUGACCCUUCCGCCUUCAUCCCAGGACUCUCAUCCUCACAACCAGGAGCCGGAAUGCUUGCUGUCCCUUUGACAGUCUGUGCCAGCCACCCACCAGUCACCUCAGAGUAUUUGCCCACCACGUGUCCCCAUCUUGGUGGAUGAUCAGCACCCUUGCUCUGUGGAAAUUCCCCUUGAUUCAUCUGUUGCUUUAUCUUGCUGGUCUUCAUCUAUCCAAGUCCUUGGCCACAUCCUACUCAUUCCUUGCUCUCGGCUCAUCUCACCCGACUGAAGGCUUAAAGAAGAGCAGACUCACAUGGAGGUACAGACUGGCUGAAGACAUCCUUGCCUGGGCACUUUGGGAGCCAUGGGCCGUCGGCUCAUACGGGGUCUCUCUGGAGCCACAGUCUUCCUGGUUGGUGUGGCUCUCCUCUCUGUACGGCACCAUGGGGCACAGGAAACCUCGGUGUACCCAGGGCUCAGGGAGCGGAUGCUGGAGAAUCCAGAGCGACGAACACAUGCGAGCCCAGAGGAUGCCAAGGGAGGUGGUGGCAAUGGGCAGAGGGACCUGCAAAUCCAUCCUCUGGAUGAAUACAAGACUGAAAGGAGCCUGACCCUUGGGGAUGUUUUCAUAGCUGUGAAGACCACCAAGAGAUUUCACCAGAGCAGGAUGGAGCUGCUCCUGGACACGUGGAUAUCCCGGGCAAGAGAGCAGACUUAUGUCUUCACAGAUGAAGAAGACGAUGCCCUGAAGAGGAGAAUGGGUGGCCACGUGGUGUUCACCAACUGCUCUACCGAGCACAGCCACUCAGCCCUCUCCUGCAAGAUGGCUGCAGAGUUUGAUGCAUUCCUGGCCAGUGGCCAAAGCUGGUUCUGCCAUUUGGAUGAUGACAACUAUCUGAACCCUGAGGCCCUCCUGAAGCUCCUGUCCUCCUACUCUGCAAUGAGUGAUGUCUACCUAGGGAAACCCAGCCUGAACCGACCCAUCCGGGCCUCCGAAACGCUGUCUAACAACCGAACGAAAUCUGUGCGCUUCUGGUUUGCCACAGGAGGAGCUGGGUUCUGCAUCAGUCGCAAGCUGGCAAGGAAGAUGAUGCCUUGGGCCAGUGGCAAGAACUUCCUGAGCACCUCAGAGCUCAUCCGUCUGCCAGAUGACUGCACCAUAGGUUACAUCAUUGAGUGCAAAGUUGGUGGGCAGCUGCUGCCCAACACGCUCUUCCACUCCCACCUGGAGAAUUUGCAGCUCAUCCCUACCUCUCAUCUCAUGCAGCAGGUCACACUCAGCUAUGGUGUCUUUGAGAACAAGCUCAAUGUUAUCAAACUCAGUGGUCCCUUCUCACCCCAGGAAGAUCCCUCAAGGUUUCGAUCUCUCCACUGCCAUCUCUAUCCUGACACCCCCUGGUGCCUGCAGGCUGUUGGCUGGUGAUGCCCAAGCUACAGUGGGUCCUGGUGACAUCCCUUCACUUUGUGCAUGUAGGGGAUGGGGCACUGAAGAAGCUUGGUGCUCACAGCUUCCCCUUAGCUAUGGUGGUCCUGGGGCUAUUUGGUUCUUGCUGAGUACCAGUGGUGCAGGACAAGAGAGAUCUGUACCAAAGGUGGAUAACAUGGGCUGGACACAUGGAUGGGCUUCCCAUCUGUGCUGGGAUGCUUAUGAGAGAUGGGAGCAGCACGCUUUCCUGAACAGAUUAAGGACUGAGUGGUGACUGCUGGGCUUGUGGGUGGAGAUGGGACCCACUGCUCCUUGCUAUGGUUUCACUGUAUUGAAUUAGAAGGGUGCUGGAUCAGGGUACCCAGUGCCAGACUGAGGAUCUCUGGAAGUGUGCCUUGGCUUCAUCCUCUCUGAGGCUUCUUUCUCUGUAUGUGCCUGGGCUUUCCUCAUUUCCCACUGUUCCCGGCUGCAGCCCUUUAGCUGAAUCUCUGCCUUGUUAAACUCUUGAUUCUACUCUCCCUUCAGAAAUGGAAGAUGUGAUCAUUUCUGUGCUGAAUGAGUGCUGAAAAAAAAUGUAGCUCCUGGCCAUCAGAGGGGAGAUGGGCAGGAAUGUGAGAAAUCAAGACUCACUCCUUGGCUGGGACAAGGGAGAGGGUGUGAAAUGGGGAACACAGGAGGAGAGAAGGAGUCGAGAAUGUUUCCUGCUCUGAACAUGGAAGGCUUGAUCUUGUACAGCCCUGCAUUAUUCCUCUCUUUUUACCUUCUUGAUAUGGGGUCAGGAUAAUCUUUUGCUCUAAUUAUCAACCUGUCGUCUGAGAUUAGACUCCAACUCCUACCUGUGAGAGAGGAGACAUAAAGGAUUAGAACCUGCUGAAAGAGAGAAGAAAGGAAGAGAUGGAGAAGGAGCACUCGGGAGCGGAUUAGAGGUUACAACUUUGUAAUCUUCUCUGUGCCCUGGCCAAAAAAAUUAAGUCAUGAAGGAAUGGAAACAGCAGGGCAAAGAGCUUUUUAUCUCUGCAUUUCUUUCCUCCAGAUGCUAAGAGAGCUUUCUGCUUUCCUGCUGUCCCUGCUAAGCACAACAGGGAGAAGGAGCUGGCCCAAAUAGGUUACAGGCUUUCUGGCACGUUUAUGGAUAACUCCUUUCUCAGCACAGAUCCUGCCAUGAAAGCAAGGCAAUUCCACUCAAUGGAGACUGAACUUUGGCACCGUUUUGUCCUUGUACACGUGAAUAAAUGGCUGGGAGAAAGUGAUACGGGGAAAGCUGGAAGGCAAAGGGGCUGUUUUACAUGGCAGGCAGCACCACAGUCAGGUAUUUCUCUUUAAAGAGUGCUUCAGAACAGACUGCUGGAAUCUGAGAGAGAUGCCUGUAAUCUCUGGUUGAAAGGACACGUGCCCGUUCUCCCAAGAGCCGCUCAGCUUUGAUGCUGCUGAUCUAACUAAGCCUGCUGCUGGUGGGCUGGCAGAGCGAAGGGGGACUAUCACCAUGCCUCUACCAUGCUGGAAGCCAGCCACCCCAUCUCCCCAUCCCACCUCACCCCCCGGACACCAGCAUCUCCCACACAGCAUGCACAAGGCUUAAAGAAAAGGCAUCAGAAAGAGUUCUACCUCAUCAAAGAGGGACCUAGAAAUGAAUGAUCACUUUAAUUACCGAUGAAGAAGAAAGAGGGGGCCUGUGGAGCUGCUUUCCAGCCUGGUCGUUCUUAUGAGCUUUAGGCGGUUUGUGAAGCAGCCAAGAACCCCGCUUUCUUCUCUUGCACAGCAUAUCUUUGAACUGGAAAUUCACGCUGAGCAGUGGCAGGAACUACGUAAUGCCAGUGACCAUUCCGGGAGAAGUGCAAAGCGCUCAUCUCAUGCAGCCAUGUGAGACAUGUAGCUCAAAAUAGAGACAACCCUGGUAUCAGACAAUUGGUGCAGCAUAAAAAAGUCCUGCCCAAAGGGCAAAUGGUUUUGUUUGAACUUAACCAGAAGAUGAAAAAUGCUUCCAUGAGAAGAAAUAAAGGGAUCUGAUAUACAGGAGGUAGACCAACUUUUUACAUGAACUGGUAGGGAUAGGAAAAGGGGGAAUGGUUUUAAGCUAAAAGAGAGGAGAUUUAGGUUAGAUGUUAGGUGGAAAUUCAUUACUCAGAGUGGCAAGGCACUGGCACAG